AUUAAUUAGUUAAUCUGAAUUGCGUUAUAUACACAGGAGUUUUACUUACUGAUCGAUCGACCACUUCAAGAUGGAAUCCGCAAAGCAGAAAGUUAGCAACGCAGCUUCUACUGCCAAACAACACCUUGAAAUUUUUGCAGCCAAAACUGAUGAAAAGGUUGAGAAGGCAAGGGCGAGAAGUAAAGAGGAGAAAGAGAUAGCGGAGGAGAGGAGAAAAUCAAAGGAAGCUGAAGCCAAGAUGAAGCUUCACGAAGCCAAGGCGCAUCACGCCGCUGAAAAACUGCAAGCCAAGCAAGCUCAUCUUCCUGCCGCCGCAGUAACGCCACACCUUACCCAUGGCGGAGGCGAAGGCCACCACGGACCAGCCAUCGGAACAGUUGUUCCUCCCACCGGCACAGCCGCACCGGCAUACCCUCUUGGAGGCCAUCACCAUGGACAUACCAGAAAUAUCUAGCUUUUAUAUAUCUAGCUAGCCGCUAAUAUAUAACAUACUUUGUUUUAGGUCCUUGCAAAAUAUUUUUUUCUUGUUUUUCAUCCUUGCAAUAUGCACUAUUUUGUUUUUAGUUCAUCUCCAGUUCCGAAACUACUCUACUUACAACAAAAAUUAUUGUCAAUUAUAUAAAUCUAGUAGAAA